AUGCCCCCUAAAAGACUUACCCUCGCCAUCGCCCACCCAACCAUAACAUCCACCUCCCCAUCCCAAAUCACCCAGCUCGCGCACUCCGCAGCUGCCAAGGGCGCUCAUCUCCUUGUCAUCCCAUCUUACGCGACCCCAGCAGCAGCAACAGCGAGGAAUAAGAGUCCGAGAGAUCAGUACCUGAAAUUGUUCAACUGCGCUCACGAUCUAUCCGACCCGGGAAGUGAUCCCUUGUGUCAUGGCGAGAAGAAACACAAGACCAGAGAGACACUAGAACAUCUCGCUCGCGAAACGAAACUCUUUCUGAUUGUGGGAUUGCUUGAACGCGCGUGUGGGAAUCUGUAUCAUACGGUGGUGUAUAUACAUCCUGGUGAUGGGUUGGUGGAGAAGAGGAGAUGUUUUGCUUUGACCGGCCUAGCAAAGACAUGCCUCUCCCCCGGACAGCCGCAUACAUCUCCCAUCACAAUUAAAUGCAAAAGUGGGCUCGAAGUAAAGAUUGGGGUCGGCUUAUGCGAGGAGAACUACCAUCCGCUUAUCCGGCAGGAACUGUAUGCAGCCGGUGUCCAAGUCUACAUCUCCCUCGGUGGCGUCUCCUACCUGGAUGGUAAUGAUAGCGAUAGCAGUGGAGAUGAAAUCAGUCUAUGGGAGAGUUUACUGCGCACGGUAGCUGUGGAAGGGAGGGUAUUUGUUCUGGGGAGUUACACUACUUCUCACCCUGCUACACCUCAACCUACGCAUCCACACCAACUUGGUUCUCCUACCCAUAUCCCCAGUGGUAGCGGGAGCUGGCAAUUUUCCCCGAGCGCGAAGAAACGGUCCCUGUCUGUUACAGCUGAAGGACCACAUGAGAUUGUCUGGCCGGAAAUUCGGCAUGCGAAUGGUGGUGCUGCUACGGGACCACGGAAAUCUGUGACGGCUGAGGGACCGCAUGAGAUUGUGUGGCCUGGACAGUCGAAUGCCGAUGUGGAUGAGGAUAGGGAAGGGGAGAUGAGUCCGGGGAGAGUGGAGCAGAGGCAUGUUCAAACUGGUGGGCGGGGGAGGGAAGGGCCGUCGGGUGAGAGUGGAUGUGGAGGGGCGGCGUGGAUAGUGGGUCCGUUUGGAGAGAUUCUGGCGGGUUCAAGGGGAGGAGUAUCGUUGGAUGAUGAUGGAUUGUUGGUGAGGGAGGUGGAUUUGGAGGAUUGUAUUCGAGGGAGAUGGGAUCGGGAUUUGGCUGGGGUCAUCGGUACCACAGAGCUGCGUGCUUGA